AGAGAGGAUUGGAAUCAGUGAAUUAAAAUAUGAACUUGCAUCGAUCAUAAUGCAUGAAGCAUGAAAGAGACCUGUGCGGACUAAAGGAUAUUAAUGAGCUCAAAGCCUCAACUGGGGACGUUUUGACUCUCUCUCAAUCAUGCAUCUGAACAUUCAAUUGGAGUAUAUAUAUUAAUAUUAUUCUUCAUUUGUAUGGUACUUCAAAGUUCAAAGAGAAAAAGACAAUAUUAAUUGCAAAUGACAUCUUUAUGAAAUGGUUUCUUUCUUGAAACUUUUGCUUGUUCGUUUAUGGCUGUUUUGGGUGAGUCAUUGCUCAAUCUCAGUGGUGGUGGGAGGAGCUGAAAAUGUUGUUGAUGGCACUGUUUUUAUUAAUGGAACGGCUUCAAUUGCAAGAACAGAUGACAAUUUCAUUUGUGCUACUUUAGAUUGGUGGCCCCCUGAUAAAUGUGACUAUGGAACAUGCAGCUGGGGCAGAGCUUCUCUACUUAACUUAGAUCUUUCCAACCCAAUAUUGUUGAAUGCCAUCAAAGCUUUUUCUCCCUUAAAAAUCAGACUGGGUGGAACCUUAGAGGAUAUAGUCAUAUAUGAGAGCAAAGAUGGUCACCAACCAUGCACACCAUUUGUUAAGAAUACUUCAGAAAUGCUCGGUUUCUCAAAAGGUUGCUUACCCAUGUCUCGAUGGGACGAACUCAACAAUUUCUUCAGAAAAGCUGGAGCAGCUGUUAUUUUCGGAUUAAAUGCGCUAAAUGGUAGGACAAUAAGCUCGGAUGGUUCAGCAGUGGGAGCCUGGAACUCCAGUAAUGCUGAAUCUCUUAUAAGAUACACUGUCAACAAGGGCUAUACAAUUUAUGGUUGGGAGCUAGGAAAUGAAUUGAGUGGAAAUGGAGUUGGGAUAAGAGUUGGAGCAGAUCGAUAUGCAGCUGACACAAACGCUCUUCAGAACAUUGUGCAAGAUAUAUACAAAGGUUUUGACGUGAAGCCACUGGUCAUAGCACCAGGAGGGUUCUUUGAUGCAAAUUGGUACAAAAAAUUCAUAGCAAAAACAUCCAACUCUCUUCAAGUGGUCACACAACACAUUUACAAUCUUGGACCAGGUGUGGAUCAACACCUAAUUGACAAGAUCCUAAAUCCGUCCUACCUCGACACCGGCGCUCAGCCCUUUAUUAGUCUUCAAGGAAUUCUUAAAAGCUCUGCAACUUCAGCAGUUGCAUGGGUUGGAGAAGCCGGAGGAGCAUAUAACAGUGGCCGCAAUCUUGUCACAAACGCAUUUGCGUUCAGUUUCUGGUACUUGGACCAACUGGGAAUGGCAUCAACUUAUAAUACCAAAACAUAUUGUAGACAGACACUGAUUGGUGGAAAUUAUGGCUUACUAGACACCACAACUUUUGCCCCAAAUCCUGAUUACUACAGCGCUCUUCUUUGGCAUCGGUUAAUGGGAAGUAAUGUUCUGUCUACAAGUUUCUCUGGGACAACUAAAAUACGAGCUUAUGCCCACUGUUCAAGAAAAUCUAAAGGAAUCACAUUGCUCUUGAUCAACCUAGAUGGGAACACUACAGUUCGAAUUCGAGUUUCAACUGAAACUGCUGCUGGCAAUGAAGUUGUGACUGUACAACAAACUCAAAGAACAAAAUUUGCUAGGAUGUCUAGAGAUUCUAAAACUAUUUAUGGGAAUAACACGAGGGAAGAAUACCAUUUAAAAGCUAAAGAUGGGAAUUUACAAAGCCAGACAAUGCUUCUGAAUCGGAAAAUACUGGCGGUAAAUUCAUCUGGGGAGAUUCCUCCUUUGGAGCCGCUGAUCGUCAAGGGAACAGAUCCUAUUACUGUUGCUCCUUCCUCUAUUGUAUUUGUUGAUAUUCCUGGUACAAAUUUUCCGGCCUGUAUUUAGAUUUGGCCGAAGAAGAACUGAAAUAUUUAUGCACUUCAAUUGCUUUUCGUUUCUAUUAAAGAAUAAGAAUGUAAAAUCA